UAGAUUCCGUGCUGAGGUCUUGCUCACCAGUGAGGAUGCUGCUGCGCCUCGGUGAGGACGCUUGAGAUGUGCGCCAGCGGAGAGGCUGGAUCAGAGUAUCCCGGUGAACUUUUGUGCAGACAGAGGGGCAGAAAGGACCGAGAAACGAGUUCACAGACAAAAACACUGACGCAGCUGUGCAGGGAUCGUUUUUAUUCUGAAGAAAAGGCGCGUUUUCACAGCAAAUCUGGUUCCACGCUCAGGACUGGAAAGCAGAAGGUUAACUUGGAUUUUUCUCCUGUUCGACCAACUGGAAACGCUGCCUGUCAGGCUUUACUUCACGGGAAGGACUGGUGUCUUUUUAUUAGGAAAUCAUGCAUUGAUCCGCGUCCUGACUCACAACCCCGGAUUGUUUCGUUCUAAAAAAAAUGGACUUGGAAGACUUGGCGUGGAGGAUGCAAGGGAGCUAACGUUUGGAAACAACACAAAGAAAUACGAGAAAAACUGAGCUUCCUGGAAAGCUGACCCUAUGGCCUCGGGUCCAGAUAUCGGUUGCUCGCUGGAGCUGAGCGGUUGGAACAGCAGCGUGAGCAGCUCUGGAGCCUCCGUCCCCUGCAACCAGAGCAUCUUACAGCUUGCCCCCUACUCCCCUGAAGCCACGGCGGCCUUUGCCACCGCUAUCACCCUGAUGGUCGUCUUCACCAUCGUGGGCAACAUCAUGGUCAUCAUCGCCGUCCUGACCAGCCGCUCCCUUCGAGGUCCGCAGAAUCUCUUCCUGGUGUCACUGGCUGCUGCGGACAUUUUAGUGGCCACACUCAUCAUCCCCUUCUCCCUGGCCAAUGAGCUGCUGGGUUACUGGUACUUUAAAUCACUGUGGUGUGAAAUCUACCUGGCGCUGGACGUGCUCUUCUGCACCUCCUCCAUCGUGCACCUGUGCGCCAUCUCCCUGGACCGCUACCUGUCCAUCUCCAGGGUCACCUAUGGGCGCCAACGGACACCCAAACGCAUCAAAGCCGCUAUUGUGGUGGUGUGGCUCAUUUCUGCCGUCAUCUCCUUCCCUCCCCUGCUCUCCCUGAACAAAAGUGAAGUAGGGGAGCUGGGCAGUGAACGAGGACCUCAGUGCCAGCUGAAUGAUGAACGCUGGUACAUCCUCUACUCCACCAUCGGUUCCUUCUUUGCCCCCUGCCUCAUUAUGAUCCUGGUCUAUGUCAGAAUUUACCAAAUCGCCAAGCAGAGAACUCGUUGCCCCCCGGGAGAGCCGAGAAAGGACGGGGUCGGCUCUGCUACUCCAAGUCAGCCUGCUAGACAUGUACAAGCCAACGGGAAGGAUGAUGAAGAAAGCACACCCCCAUCAUCUAACAAAAACUCCAACAACAGACCCCCUAGCCUUGCCAUCAAUGCCAACACUCCCCCCGAAGAGAACCAAACCAACCAGAAUCCUACCACCAAUAAUCUCUUGCAGCCUCCAUCCCAUGACUCCCCUCUACCUAUGACUCCUGUUAAAACCUCCCUGGACACCUCUCCUCAUGCCAACUCACCCCCCUCCUCUGUGCCUCAGCCUGCUCGUGCCAAGACUAAAAAAGAGGAGAAGAAGAAGAAGGUCAAGCAGGGAAGGAGAAAAGCUGACAAUAACAACUGCGACAGCUCGAGCACAGACAGCGACAUGGAACACAGUCACGGAGGAGGCCGAGGCAGCACCAGCAUGCCGGGGUCACCCGCAGGAGGGGGCAUCCACUCCCCAGCAUCGGUCAAGCGCUACCGGGACAUGAUGGCCACUUCAAAGGGGGCACGGCUGGUGCCAGGGAGGAAGUCAAAAACAGAGAACACCCCUGGGGCGGCGAGGCGGAAAGCGAUGGUGAACAGAGAGAAGCGUUUCACCUUUGUGCUGGCAGUGGUCAUCGGGGUCUUUGUGGUGUGCUGGUUCCCCUUCUUCUUCUCUUACUCCCUGCAGGCGGUAUGCCCGAAGACCUGUGCCAUUCCUGAUCCGCUCUUUAAGUUUUUCUUCUGGAUCGGGUACUGCAACUCCUCGCUAAACCCAGUCAUAUACACCAUCUUCAACAAAGACUUCAGGAAGGCCUUCAAGAAGAUUCUCUGCAGAAGCACCAAGGGGACUUUCUUUUAGCAUACAAGUGCAUUGGACACUUGAAGUUAUUUAUGAGGCAUACAAAAAAAAAACAUAUUUUCAGAACAUUCAAAGGGCUCUUGUAAAAAACAAUUCGACCAGUCAAAAUUUCAACAUAAAAUUCAGAACUGAGAGCCUCUCUUUUAUAGACAGUGUGAGCAAACAGAAAACUAUAGGACUGUGAAAUCCCAGCUUGCAGCUGACACAUAAACACACGCUCAAGCACACUAACAGACAAUUUUUACAGAGUGUGGGGUGAAAAUAGGACACGGAAAAGAUGAAGUAGGGGACACGGUUUAGCAUUCACUUAUCUCUCGCGCUGAUAAGAUUUUAUAAGUUUUAUCCCUUUUUCACAUUAAAUAAUGGAAAUCUCUGGGACACAAAAGUGUGCAGAACAUCAGAAGAAAUGUCCUUGAAGAAAGCAGUUAAAGUAAAGUUUUGACUAAAAAUACAGAAUGGUUAAUGUUAUAUAUAUAUGUAUAGGGUUUUGAAGUUAUUAGAGACUCUGGGACUUAUGGGGGGAAGAGAAACUGGUUCAAAAAGGAGGAGAAGCAAUCUUUGAUUCCAAUGAGCCCAGGGCCUUUUACUUAUCUAUAAAGAGCACAAGAAGCACACAAGGUUGGUGGUGAUUUCUUACGUCCGCAGUCUUAAUUUGCCCUGGCUGCAGGGCAAACAUGUGUUUCUCGAUUUUUAUCUGAAAAGCGCAACAACAAGAGAAGGUUUUCUGACAAUCUCAAAUGUGAUAGCACAGACAAGGGCGUCCUUUCAAACUAAUCUUUUCAUGUGGAAAGCUCUCCGCGUCAGACACCUCGCUCUCUGCUUGGUGCGGGUCACAAGGGACACUCAGGUUGUUUGUUAUGUGACGCUGAAAUUUAACCUUUCAUGAAACAUAGUAUGAGCUGAAGUGGGGUGGAUUUGGACAAAUAAGCACAUCACAUUUAUGAGUCGAGAUGAAAUAGAAAGACUGUGAGACCCCUGUUUCCUGGACUAUGAUAUAAAUGACCGGACAGUAUUUGGACGUUUGAGUCACAAAAACUUUGUUCUAUCAUCUCAAACAUGCUCCAGAGGUAACUCACAGUAUUUAAUGGGAGGUGCAUAAAGAAGACUCAAAACCCCGGAUUUAAUAUGUGAACAUUAUUUGCCUGAAACUCUGUUACAGAAAUAUUGAACAGGUGGAAAUUCACAUUUACUUUAAAGCACAGAUGUGAAAUGUUACUCCUCAUUUGGCCCAUACAUGACUCUUUUUUUCUGAGAAUCAUUAGUCUGAGUCACUCUUCACAGACGCCUCCGGCACAUCCUUGCCUGCGGUGGACAUCUAGAAGGCACAUUUGGGUUUGUCUCUGAGAGGCGAGAGAAUGAAUAGCACAUUUAUUUUUCUCACCAAGAGACUCUGUGGGACAAAGAGAGGAAAGAAAAUGUGUCUGUAACUGUGAACGCCACACAGGCUUUUUGACUCAAUGGGACAAGGGCUGUCAGCAGCAACUCUUCAGUUUGCUAAUUGUCUAAUUCUGCUGACCUGUGUGACUGUGUGUGAGUGUAUGUGUUAUGCGUCUUAGUUUUUUCUGUUUAAUGUGUGUGUGUCUCCUCUGGCUGCUGUGUACCACAGGCGAACUGUAAUAAUGAUACGAAUAGAGAGCAGAAUUUUGGGUGCAGGCAUCAGUUUUCUGUCUGUCAAAUGAAUGUCUGCUAGAAGGAGAAGUAUUACUCUAUGUGGAGGCAGUCUUACAAAUCUUAAAGUCAGUGUUUAUCAGUGAUAUUAAGUACAUGGCUUUUUAUUGAUCACCCUCAAGGGACCAAAGAGCCUUACAGGACAACAGCCUGACUCAGUGAUAUCCGGCUCUCUGUUGCUUCAAAUGAACUUUAUAUUUGGUAUAUUUGUUUGUGACGGGAGGCAAAGAUAGAAAACACUGUAUUAUUUAUUUCAAACUUUUUUUGUGUUAAAAUUUCUGUUAUCUAUUUAUUUUUCAGUUACUGUGCUUUAUUCUUAAAGUGGAACUGAUCAAAGAGUGAGAACUGUGUACAGAUUUUUAAUAUCGAGAAUAAGAUGCUUUGUGAGAUUGAGCUACAUUUGAGCUUAGGGGCGGAUGUGAUUUGUGUUGAAUUUAAAGCACACCAACCUUGAGUUUUUGUGCAUAAUGCAGAAACUACAAUGCAACAUUUAGCAUCAUUGCUUCAUCUGGCUAUAGUACAGAGACAUGUUCAAUCAAGCAUAUUCACGGAUGUACAAUUUAUCAAGCAUUUUGCAGAAGGAAAACUCACCUCGCUCGUGUUGUCAAACCUUUUCCUUAAAAGGAAGUCGAACGUGAAAAUGUCAAUUGCACCCAAAGCCAGUUUCAGUUGGAUGAUUUUCAGGCUUUUGCAGGACAUUAAGGUUACAAUCCAUACCACAUACAGAGCCGCUUGGAGAACCAAAUAACUGAUAAGAAAAAAAAAAACACUGAGAGUAAUCGCUGCUUGUACUCAUACAACUGUUCCAUGUCCUUGAAAUGGUUAUUUUUCUCUCCUGAAACACAAAUAGCUUUAGCAAAGUAAUUAUAACAAAAAUAGUCACACAGGUCAUGGAUUCAUGGCGGUGUUCAAUAAAUACAAGUUGUAAUGCUGCUUAAACUGCCCCAAACCAUGACUUUUUGUCGUGAGACUGCAGCUUUGUUUAUUUUUUAAAAGUAUGAUUUAUGGCUUAAAGGUGACAGGUGCAGCAAUCCGCCUCUUGAUCACCAUCUUUUCCCCUGAAAGCGCCUGUUAUUGUCUCUUCUUCUACAGUGUUUGGACCAAACUGCGCGGUCUAAGCUUUACAAUCAUCUAUCCCCAUCUGUCAUCAUUCCUCUCCAGUUUGGAAAUAAAGCUACUUGAACACG